CAUCCCGCACAUAGCAUCCGCCAUGGCUACUAUUAUGUUCACACACUUACCAUCCUGCCCAUUACCGUCUGCCGCGGGUUCAACCGCAUGGUCACCACGGGUUGACAUUUCGAGGGUUCAAUUGGGUACUAACCAUUCCAGAAACAACUCUGCCUCCUCUCUCUCCGCCAGCCGGAGCUUCUUUUGGCGAAAUGUUCAUAGCCUGUCGUUACAUUCACCUUAUGUUUCGCGAGGGAUGACGUCGCCUACACGCGGAGGGGGUCUGUCUGUCCGUGCGGAUGAUGAUCCCGUACGGGAGUGGAUUCUUAGCGAGGCCGGGGGUAAGGCGAGCACAAUAACGCGGAUAUCGCCUGUGUUCGGCGGGUGCAUCAAUAACGCGUCGAGAUACGACACAGACGUGGGGUCGUUCUUCGUGAAAACUAACAGUUCCGCAGGGCCAGCAAUGUUUGAGGCGGAGGCAGCAGGGCUGCAGGCGAUGGUGGAGGCGGGGGCCAUCCGCGUGCCGCGGCCCUUCACUGCUGGCGCCAUGCCCCGGCGCGGGUCGUACAUCGUCAUGGAGUUCAUAGAAUUCGGACAGCUCAAAACGCAGGCGGAGCUGGGGCGGCAGCUAGCGCUGAUGCAUCAGCAGGGCAUGUCCCCCAAUGGACAGUUUGGGUUCCAUUGUGACAACACCAUUGGCAGCACACCGCAGCCCAACAAGUGGGAGAGCGACUGGGUGACGUUCUUCAGGGAGCAUCGCCUGGGGCACCAGCUGAAGCUCAUUCGCAAGCAGUUCGCAGACAAUGCCCUCGUUGCCAGUGGGGAGAAACUCCUGGAGAAGCUUCCCCAGGUGCUUGGUGGUAUGGAGGUGCAGCCCAGUCUACUGCAUGGGGACCUCUGGAGCGGAAACAUUGCUGCUGAUCGCGAAGGGAAUCCUGUCAUCCUGGACCCUGCUACUUACUAUGGACACAGUGAAGCUGAGUUUGGCAUGUCAUGGUGUGCGAGCUUUGGUGGCUCUUUCUGGUCAGCAUACUUUGAGGUUCUUCCCAAACAGCCAGGCUUUGAAGAACGGGUGGAGCUCUACAAGCUGUACCACUACCUCAACCAUUACAAUCUCUUUGGAUCCUCCUACCGUUCAUCAUGUAUGUCCAUCAUCAACCAGUUUAUCUGAUCUUUGACAGGCAAGACACCAGAGUAGUGUUGAAUCUUCUUGGGAGUUAAUUAUAGUAGUGUGUUUCCUUUCGUCUCAUCUGUGGAACAUUUCCGUGGCCCAUCAUGGGUUAGCUCCUGGGAAAAGACACAGCUGUU